AGCCAGCACACAAACAAUCUAAAACAUUCUUUCUUCAACUAAGAGCAGCUGCAGACAAAGGAGGUGAAUUCUCUCUCUUCUUUCUCUCUCUCUUCUCUCUGAAGUCAUCCGUUGCUUUUCUUGCCCCUUUCUUCUUCUGAAUUCAUGGAUGGUACUGCUCAAUGGCCAAAGGAAGAAGGACCGGAGAAGGCGAUGGAAGGCACAAGGCCUAUACCAGAGAGAAGGGCAAGGCCUCAAGAGCACUUGAAUUGCCCAAGAUGCAACUCAACCAACACAAAGUUUUGUUACUACAACAACUACAGCCUUAGCCAACCAAGAUACUUCUGCAAGACUUGCAGAAGGUAUUGGACUGAAGGCGGCUCUCUCAGGAACGUUCCUGUUGGUGGAGGUUCAAGAAAGAACAAGAGAUUUACAACAACAGCAGCAGCAGCAUCAACUUCCUCAAAGAUUCCUGAUCUUAACCCACCAAACAUCUCACAGUUUUCUUCUCAAAACAUUAAGUCCAAGGAAGGCCAAGAUCUCAAUCUGGCUUACCCAGCUACAGAGAAGUAUCAUGGGGUAUCCCAAUAUCUUGAAAUGCCCAAAAUUGAAAACAGCAGCAGCAACCAACAAAACACUAGUCCUUUUUCAGAUUUGGUGCUGAGAACUGGAAUUGCUCCAAGGGGUUUGAAUUCUUCUUAUAUGCCUCCACCAAUGCUCGAUUCAAAUACAUGUACACUCUACUCAACAGGGGCGUUUCCUUUCCAAGAAUUCAAGCCUACUCCUGCAGGUUUCUCUGUUGAUGGGCUGGGAAGUAGGUAUGGGGUUCAAGAGAAUAGUGGGAAGCUUUUGUUUCCUCUUGGAGAUCAAUUUAAGCAGAAUAUUUCAAGCACAAAUGAAGUUGAGCAGAAUAAGGGACAAGGGAGUACUUCAACUGGAUAUUGGAGUGCAAUGUUAAAUGGAGGAUAUUGGUAAAUAAAAGAGACAUGCAAUGAGGGCAAUUCCAUGUCUUUUUUAGGUGGUUUGGUUACUUGUUUUAUGGUUGUCCAGAACUAACACUUAGAAUACAUAUGGGAUCUUUGCUUUUUCAUUUUUUUUUUUUUCUCUCUCUUUGAAGCUAGUCAGUCACAGGUGGGGGUUCUAGAGGAUAGAAGAAAAGGUGAAUAUAGGGCUUGUGUUGGUUUUUCCCUUUUCCAUGGAGAACAUGGCCAGUAUUCAUAUAUUCUUCUGUCGUCAGAAGUAGUUUUAUCAGAAGUUUUGUUUGUUUUCAGGAAUUGUUUCUAAAGACUUGUGAGAAUUUGUAACAAAAAACACAUUUGCUUUAGUUGGAAUUUGAUAUGAUGGCGUUGCAUGUGCUC